CUACCACAAGGCGCUCUUUCUUUUUUUUUCUUUUCCUUUUCUUUUGCAUUGACUCAGGGAAACAUUAACUUUCUUAUACGAGCCUUUGGCAUGACUCUACCAAUCAAUGCCUUCCACACGCAGGUGCUAUGAAUCCAGUUAGAAAGUAUCCGAUAUCUCUCCGAACCAGUAUAGAGUACCUUGGGUAAUUUUGGUGCUUAAAUAUCAGGCUAUUCUCUUGUCAAAUUGCUCUUUCUCUGUAGCUUCAUCACUCAGAAUCCCAAUCCAGAUAUACUCAAUUGCUUUUAUUUGAAUUAUACAUUUUGCAGCAGCUAUCUUACUCGAUCACAGCUAUGGCAGGACUCACUGAGAAGAACAGACAAGUCUUUGACAAGAAGGCUGGCUCUUACAUGAACGACUUUUCUGGCGUUAUCCAGUCCAUCUGCAACCAGGUCGAGAACAGCCGGUUCUGGAUCAGUGACAAAUGGACAGAUACUGAGGCCGGGAAGGGACAAGAGCUUCGGAUUCUCGAAUAUGCUUGUGGCCCAGGUGCUAUAUCUAUGACACUAGCUCCGUUUGUGACAAAGGUCCUUGGAUUAGACGUCUCAGAUAACAUGGUUGCGGAAUACAACAAGAACGCUGAGGUGGCUGAUCUUUCAGACAAAAUGAGUGCGCGGAGAGGCGACCUUCUGGCGGACGGCGCGUCAACUGACCUGUCCGGCCCGGAAUUCUUCAACUUCGAUGCUGUGGUUGUCAGUAUGGCCCUUCACCAUUUCGAUGACGCCAGCAAAGCCCUGAAAAUCCUCGCAGAGCGAUUGCAGCCGGGUGGCACUUGCGUGAUCGUUGAUAUUGUCCCGGACCAUUCACACGAUUUCCGUCAGCAAAUUCGUGAGCACGUCAACAGCGAGACUGCUGAAACGGUCAAGUCGCAUGGGUUUACCCUAGAGCAAAUGAGGGACUUGUUUGCGGGUGCCGGCUUGACAAAUUUUGGCUACCAUGUCUUUGAGGAGCCGGCAGUAUUCCGCAAAAAUGGGAAGGAGAUCUCGAAGACUCUCUUUUUGGCCAGGGCGCAGCGCUCAUAAACCUGUCGAUUUAAGGGAUACGAUGUCCUUUUAAUGAAUGGAUUAAUGAUGGUGUUAUUGAGUACCUCUAAUAAAAUGUUUUCAAUUGUUUGUGC